AUGGCCUGGAGGAUGAAUGUCCGCUUCGAAAAUCACUUGCAAAAAACUUUACCAAAGAGUAUAGAGGAGCUCAUGGCACAGAUCGAGAAGUACGCCAGGGUAGAAGAGGAUACAUCGGGAACGAAGGCACCAAGGCAGGAGAAGAGAAACGGCUCACCAAAGCGAGGUCGAGGUAACACUGGCUUUAACAGGCAGGAAAGAAGGUUGAGGGCUGCACAGGCAAUCACCAUUGUAUUCAGGAUCCCAGUCUACAAAGUUCUAGAAAGGAUCAGGAACCAAUUGUAUUAUAGAGCACUAAUCCCAGGCGAGUUUAUGAGAAGAAGCCUUGGGAAGCAUUGUACGUACCAUAAUGAGGAUGGGUACUUGACUCAAGGAUGUAGGGCUCUGAAGACACAUUUGGAGGAUCUGGUCAGACAGGGUCACCUAAGAGACCUAGUAGAUGAGGCCAGAAUGAGAAAAGAGCAAGCAAGGCUAUCCCAGGCAUCGGCAGCACCACCACUGCCACCGCUACCACCACCGCCACCGCAACAAGCUGAUGGACCUCAGGUGAUCAAUGUGAUUCACUCGAAGGUCAAUAAGAAUGAUGUACGUGGGGAAACUCAUAGAGUAAGACAUCUACAUGUGAACCAGGACCAGCAAAAGAAGCCUAGGACAAAUGAGUACCAGGGGCCAGUGGUUUCUUUUACUGAGGCAGACCUAGAUAUGGUGCAACAUCCGCACAUCGAUGCCCUGGUGAUAACGCUGAAGAUUGGAGAGUGCCAAGUGAGGCGCAUACUAGUUGAUCAAGGUAGUUCUUGUAACAUCAUGUAUGUUAGAUGUUACAAGGAGCUUGGCCUUCACCUAGAUGACCUGGAACAAUCCAACAGUCCGAUGGUGGGAUUCGACGGAACGCCGACGUGGCCUUUAGGAGCUAUGAAUUUGGAGGUGCAGACAGACACUAAGAAGUCCACCUACAAUGUGCGGGAAGCAGAGAUAGAUGAAAUUGAAGACGAGGGCAUGGAGGUCCUAGAUGAUGUCGGCAAAAAACCAGCCCACAAGAGUGAGGAGGCUUUGAAGAAGAUUUUGGUCCAGGAAGAUGAUGGAGAGCGCUUCUUCUUUCUCGGCUCAGGCUUAGCUGAGGAGGAGGAAAGGGAGUUAAGAAGCUUUCUUACAAGCGAACAUAGAAGUGUUUGCCUGGACGCCCUAUGA